UGUCAGCUGAUAAUGACGUUAUCCAUUGCCCAAAUAAAAAAAUGGUAAAGAAAAAUACAAAACUGUUCUCAAACACGGAGGGUGCUGAUCUAAUCAUUUUUAUCAGUGUGUGCUGCUACAAACAAGCUUGAAAUGCACGAAGUGUAGUUAAUCCAUUCAAGAGGCUACCCGCGAAAUCUGCAGAAGUAGUUAGUACCGUUGGCUACGGCACGAUCGCUCAUGUGAUUUGAGUGACCAAAUUUUGUUGUUGUCCAAAUUUGGCCUCAAACCCACAAACAAUAUUGUUCACCUGGUGGUCAUCACUUACAUAACUACCAGAAUUUCGGCAUAUCUGCACGUGUGCUGGAUGGAAAUAUGGAACCCGCUACCUGCCUGGUGACGAUACAUACUGGAAUUCUAUAGCCAUGCUGCUAUGCGAGUGCGGAACAAUCGCUGCGAAAAUUUUCAACACACGCACACCUGUUGGAGACAACAACAGCUUUUGUUUUUGAUCUGUCUACACACAGCGUUUGUUUUGCGAUCACCAUGGCGAUUGUUCGCGCUGAGCCGACCGGAGUUCCCCCAACUGUGACGACCGUGGCCAAUCCGCCCGCGGUGCCUAUCUUCUGCUGGCGAGAGUUUGCGUGUGGUUGGGGUGCCGCCUUCGUCAACAUUACCGUAACAUACCCGAUCUACAAGAUGAUCUUCCGGCAAAUGCUGCACGGGGUGCAGUUAACGCAAGCCUUCGGGCAGCUGCGUAGUGAAGGAAUGACCUAUCUGUAUCGUGGCAUUUUCCCACCUUUGGCCCAGAAAACUAUAUCCCUGUCGCUAAUGUUCGGUGUGUACGAUAGCACACGGCGGCCACUGGUGGAGUACUGUCACGUGAAUCCGUACACAGCGAAAACAGUUGCUGGAAUGGUGGCGGGAACAUUCGAAGCGAUGCUGAUGCCUUUCGAACGGGUCCAGACACUGCUGGCGGAUGCGGCGUAUCAUCAAAAAUACCGAAACACUCAUCAUGCGUUCAAAAUAAUCAUGCUCGAAAAUGGAAUCAAAGAAUUGUACCGUGGAUUGGUACCGGUUCUUUGGCGCAACGGACCAUCUAAUGCUAUGUUUUUUGUAUUAAGAGAGGAAGCCGACAGUCGUUUACCAAAACGGGUUACAAUACUUUCACAACGUACCCAGGAAUUUGUUGCGGGAGCAUGCAUCGGUGCAUUUAUCAGUUCGCUGUUCUAUCCACUGAACGUGGUAAAGGUGACCAUGCAGUGCCGUGUUGGAGGUCCUUACGACAAUAUGUGGACAGCAUUAAUGCAGGUGUAUAAUGAGCGGGAUCGAAAGCUAAGAAAUGUAUACAAAGGUGUCAGUAUGAACUGCACCCGUGCAUUCUUCAGCUGGGGUAUCAUGAAUACGGCUUACGAACAGCUGAAGAAAGUGUUCUAUUGAGAUGAGCUAAAUCGUAAGCCAACGGUUCCGACAAGCGGUAUUAUGUUACGUUGUUAUCACGGUUUAUGAAUCGCAAAAUGUCCAGACAAUUGUACGCACCAGUCAAACUAGGUGGUGUGAUCUCAGACCACAACUCUCCCAUUUUACUUUUCGCCUAAACAAAACCACCUCUACACACACACACGCAUGAGAUUUAAGUUCCCAACGAACGCGCGUUUUAUCCGCCGUUGCAUUUAAUGCGAUUCUGGUCCUGUGGAAUCUGUGUACAGACGAGAUUUCUAGUUGCUCUAUCAUCGUUAAACACGCGUGCUUAAAGUAUUCUGCUGUCGUAUUGGCCUCGUAUUGUAAAUAUAAAUAUAUUAGGUAUGUAAAUAUUUGUAGGAUGAGAAAUACCUACACCACUUCUCCCGUGUAUUCGUUUAGGUGUAGUGUAGUUAAAUUCCCUUAGAAACAAGAUGGUAAACGUUGCUUUAAGCGCAAAGAAUAAUCCCAAAGGAUAUCCCAAUGUUAUUGGGUUGUGUCGUACAAUAAAACGUUCUAGUUCUACAGUGGCAAUAGCAAUAUGGUAGGAUUCCGUGUGUGUGUGUGUAGUCAUGAAUCGAUCGUACUAUGUAGGUUUCGCAGUGCAAAAUAAGGUGCGAUCUGUACGGAAAAUCACAGUAAUUUUAAUAAAAACAAAAUGCCAUGUUCAGCACAAACCGUA